AUGGAGAAUUAUUCCUACAGUUCUGGUGCAGGGAAAAUGAUACCGUCAGAACAGAGCAUCAGCAACGUACCAAGCAAGAAAGCCUAUAAGCAGCACGACAACACGAACCUUUGCGACAGCGCGAAUCUACGCGACCCCAAGAACCAGGAAGAUUACAAUUUGUACCAACACCCAGGGGAUAUUAACCUCGUGGAUCAGAAUGGGUACGCCCUAGAGGAGACCCCCUACUACAGCCAUGGAGAAAUAAACACCACCCCCUCGAUGAACCUGUACCACGGUGCAGACAUGUACGUAAUAGGUGCAAACAAUAGUAAAGACAUAAUGGCAAAGCCAAAUAACACCUUCAGCAUACCAGGAAGUAUACCAUCGAAAGGGGUAUCAAAUUAUGACUAUAUAAAUUCUGCCUUAAAUCUCAACCAAGGGAGUUACUAUAAUCCAUACCAAGCGAUUAACAACUUUGUCCCCGGCAGCGAAAAUGUGAAGUACGAACUGAAGAGCGAAAUGGAUGGGGAGUAUAUAAUUCCGGAGAUGAGCACAAAGAUGAAUAAUUCCUACGUCAUGAACGUAAACAAUAGUAGCAAUAUAAGUGGAAAAAUUGGACAAAGUGUUAUUAAUGGUUAUAUCGAUCCAGACAGCUACACCAAUUUGUAUGAACACGGGAGCGGGAAUAAUAGUGUGCCCAUUAUGAAUGGCAUUGCCAGUAUGCCUGACAUGGAAAAUAUGGCCAGCGCGACGCACCCCGCUGGACUGGGAAAUGUAAAUUACGAUAUGUUGAUGCAGGAUUAUAACGCUGCUCUGUGCAAUAAUAUAAACAGUGUGAGCAGCGCGCAGAAUCUGGCCAGCAUGGGUUACCUGGGCGGUUUGGACGUUUCCCCCUUGAAGGCGCAGCCCUACGGCGCGAGUUUUAACAGCGUCAAUUAUGCAGGUGCCAAUUUUGAGGGUACCAAUUUUAGGGAGGCCCAUUUCGGAGGUGCCCACAUCGCGGGUUCCCACUUCGGGGAUAUCAAUUUUGAGCCUCUCCCCAAGGAUGAGUUCCCCCUCCUGUUUGACAAGCACAAAGGAGUGGACCUGUUAGGUGAUAGGGAAGGAAAAUACUCAAAGCUUAGAAGCACCAAUCACGCGGAGGUGACCCAUACCCACAAACAUCCCCCAGAACAGUUACAAGCAAUACUAUGUUUACAGAGGUUGGAGGAAAUACCUACCCCAUUCUUGAACCUCAAGGAUAUUAAAUAUUCAGUUAGCGUUUACUUUAACUCCUAUGAUGAUAUCCUGGAAAAAUAUCAGUCCCAAUUUUACAGCUGUAAAUUAAACGAAUCGAACACCUAUGCAGACUGUGAUUUGAAAAACGAAAUAAUAAAAUUACCAUUCAACAAUGAAGAAUUUAUUUACCUAAAGGUGAUAGAAACGUCUGUGUACAAGACGGAAGUAACUGGUCGGUUGCAACUAAAGGUGAAGUCUCUUUCUCAGGAAUAUCCAUUGAGAAUCCCUAUAAUAGGAGAUGAUGGGAAUUCCAAAGGAUUUCUAAUUAUGAACUUUUUUAUCACGUCGUCUUACUAUGAUUUAAAAAAUGACUUGCUCAUAACUGACCAGGCAAGUUUUCCUAGUCGGGCCAAGUCUACAAGGAUCCGGAGAAAAAAUAAUGGCUUCCACUUUUUCGAAAAUUUUACCAAGUGGUGUUGCGAGAUAACGGAUCAUCACAUGAACUAG